UCACAAGGCCCGUGUCAUUUAUACAGGUCAAGUCUCGACAUGUUAUAUGUGUAAUGAGGCUUUUCACCUCCGCCAUGACAGCUCGCGUCGUGUUUUUGUUUUAAAACGCAAUCGCUCGCAACGCCGGAAACGAACAAUCAAUGACUUUUUACCAAGAUACGAUAGAACUAAACCGACGACUGAAAUAAUUUCAGGUACCAUUCACAGUGCUCCCGUCGCUGGCGAUAAUAAAUUUCCGCCUCUAAAAGCCCCCAGUAAUGAUGAACAGCCAUCCUACAAACGCAAGCUUAGAAACAAGAAGAGACCCCUUAAACAUACUGACAACACUUCAUAUGAAGAAACCGCUCGUAAAACGCUUGUAACCACGGAGCCAAAACCGUGUAGUGAAGAAACACUGGAAGAAGAUGAGGGAACGCAAGUGGAAGUGGUGACACAUUUAGGAGAAGAGAAUUUAGUGACUGCAACAGAUAGUGUCACUGCUGAAACAAGAAACAAGAAGCGACGCCGUGAACAUACUGACGACCAUGCAGAUGAAGAAACCUCUCGUAAAACGCAUGUAACCAGAAAGCCAAAACUGCGUAAUAGAGAAACAUUGGAAGAGGAUGAUGGAAUGCGAGUGGAAGUGGUGACACAUUUAGGAGAAGAUGAUUUAGUGAUUACAAGAGAAAGUGUCACUGGUGAUACAGGAUCACUGGAGAAUAAUCAUGAGAUUGCAGUGCUAACAGCGGAACCGGAGGAGCAGCAGCUCACACUGCACGCUACACAAGAGGAAGAGCCCACUGAACAACAUGCUGACUCCGAAGUGCGAGAGUACGCCGAAGGAAGAAGCACACGAGCGAAAGUGCUUAGGCAGCAGCCCGUCACAACAGUAAACACACCGCUGCUAUAUAUUGAUAACUCGAACGCCAACACUGGCCAUCAAGACCGUCAUCGGCGGAAACAGAAAAGCAAACGGAAAGUUAUCGUCAUUUGUCAAAUACGAAGACAUCAGAGAAGGAACUGAUGAGGGAGCAGAAGAAUCAAGCGACACUUAACACUGCACUAUAAAGGGUUAAGGCAGAACUGUCAGAUCAAGCGACUUAUUAAAAUAGAGUAGAAUUAUGAGUUCCGUUAAACUACUAGUGUAUAGUAUGAAAAGCACUACCCUGUCCUUCAUGCUGCAAUUCCAAGUAGUUCUAGUUAAACUGAUCGUGACUGAAAAAUAGCUAUUCUCUGUUACCUAGCGAUGCAAGCGUAUCUCAUUGCGACAUUAAACAUUAAUAAAAUACGCUCACUACUGAAAUUGGCAGCUUUAAAAGAUUUUCUGUAUGAAUAAGGGGCAGAUAUCGCCUUACUACAAGAAGUUGCGAUAACGGAAUUCAAAAUCACAUAUUAUUUCCAAGUUGUUAAUGUCUCACAUGAAGCAAAUGUCGGAACUGCUUUUUUUAAUCAAAGAAGCGAUUCCUGUGAGCGAGAAAGGAAGAACAGAAAAAACAGAACAGCGAAGAGCUGUAGGAAUCAAAAUUUUCGAUGUCACAGUUAUUAAUGUGUAUGCCCCGUCAGGGAAUUCCCAUACUUUGGACAGAGCUAAAUGUUUUAAAGAUGAACUCAUUUAUUUAUUGAGGAAAAAUCCGUGUGACCUCAUAAUUCUUUGUGAUUUUAACUGCGUUUUAAACCGCAAGGACCAUCGACCCACUUUUAAGUACUCAUCUGAGUUAAAACAACUAGUUACCCAUUUACAGCUCAAAGACGCAUUGGAGGACCAACACCCAACAUCAGUAGAGUGUACAUAGCAGCAAACUCAUGUAGCAGACCCGACAGGAUUGAUGUGACACGACACUUGGACAAAGUUUUAUUUAAGACGGAAACGGUUCCAUUGUAUUUCGGCGACCAUUGCAGCCUUUUAGUUUCUAUUAAGUGUGCAACCGACACGUCUUUUGAGAAUCAGUGGAAAUUAAAUGCCUCUAUUUAAAAAAAAUGCACAGAUUUACCUGUAGUGCUAAUAUAAAUACCUGGAAUUGCACCAGGCAACAAAUAGCCCUCCUUACCAGGUCUUCAGUGUACUAUAUAACGCCUACCUCAAUCUGCAGAUCGCAAGAGAUACUUACCGAAAUUCAAAAAUAAUGCUAUACGCUGGUUAUUGAGGAAAUAUAUCAGCUAUAUUGUCAACAACUUAAGGUCUGACAAUGAUACAGACUUUCGCACAGACAUACAAUUUGGACAAAAUCACUUCAGUAAAUAAGCAGACGAUAAGAAAAAGUAUGGCAACAUGCUCAAAAUUGUAUUCGAAGGAAUGGGUGUGGGAUAGAAAUGAAACAACAUCAAGACACAAAUAGACAACAAAACGACUAGUGAAAAGUAGUCUAUUUCCUUAAUAUAAUAAUAAUCCUUAAUAGUUCUAGUAGUUUUUAAAGAGAAAAAAAUAUUUAUGGAAUCCAUCAAGUUCUUUGCAACUUUCAGUAAAUGUUUUAGUCUUCAAUAGUGUUUGUUGAAAGAGUUUCAUUUCAAGAACAGUUUAUGUGUUUACCUUAUGACUGAUAUUUAUUCAUAUAAUUUUUUGUUUGUUACAAACAUACGACUUUUUGAGAAGAAAAUAUCUCCUCGGUUCAUCCACAAAGAAGUGGAUGGAAAAAAUGGUAGAUAGCUGAAACUUCCGUUCCAUUAAUGCAACUAUAUUUUAUGCUUAAGUGGGAGAACGGUAAGGGUUUCGCAAGAAGAACACGAUAACAAAGUCUAUGUACUCAUAAGAAAAAAGUGUGUGAUUUGGUGGCAGGUAUGGGGGAGGCAUCGUGGCCAGGCCUCAGAUCUUUUGACCCCUGCCCACUUUGCCUCUGCCUGCCUGACACUGAUAGGUUCCACAUAAAAAGAAAAAAAAAAAAGUGGUUAAGAAGAAUCAGUGGUAGAGCACUUUUUAAAAAGUAGCGUAAGGCACGAGACUCGAGGAAUAGCCUUAGCAGCUGAAGCAGCAAGAGUCUCCUGGUCCUCCAGCGACGGCGCGAGUUCGAAUCCAGUUGUGAGCCAUCCUCUGAGCGGGACGGACGUGCGGCGGAGCCGGGCGUUCUUCCAUUGCCAACAGCGAUUGCGUCGCCGCGUACCAGAUGAACCUGUUUGUGCCACAGAUUUGUGCUCAACUGGUUUACACACUUACUGCCUACCCUGGGCUUCCUUUGUGCUGUGGUAGUACAACAAGUUGGCCUCUGACAUUCCCGGGCAGACUCCACACACACAGCAUGGAUGGAGUUUUGGUGAUGUGAUGCUUCAUCAAGGUCAUGUGAUUCAGCUAGCUGUAUCUCAACCAGAUCACCUGGCGACUUGGUUUUGGAUAGUCAAACUCACUUAGCUGCAUUAUGGUAUUGAGGAUGGCAUGUCCAAAUUUGCAACCCUCUGGUGCAAUGACUGCAGCCAUGUUUACAUCAUCAGUAACAUUCUGUAGGCAUCCGCAUCUGCUGGUAAAUUUGAAGCAGCAAAAACAGCACUACUACAGUAUCUGAGAAAAUCAACAGAACAACUGCUUUGACUAAUCAAAUUUUAAAUGAGAAUUCUUAGCAACAUACCCUCACUAUUUUUGAGACUACUACGAGAAUCCUUCUCACAGGAUAUUAUGCAGUUUGGAUACUUAAACUCCCAACUGCCAGUCAGUUGGCAUUAACUGCAAGACAACAUGACACUGCAGAGAACAUGUUAUAUCUGGUUGGGAGAUUACAGGGAAACCCACAGCAAUGCCAGGGCACCACAACCGGUUGUCAUAACAUCUUUGCACCGAUGCCACUGACUGAGCAGCAAUGAGUUCUUCCAAAAACACAUGAAGUGGGUCCACUGACCCUCGGCCUACAUCUGCUCCAAUCUCAGCUGACUCCAGUGCUCCAUGCACUGUUGCUUUGAUGUAUUCACAAAUGUGCUGGUACCACAUGAUAUGUGGAGACAAGUUGCGCAACUGCUUGCUACCAUGUAAUCAUGCAAACAUAAUGGAUGGUUCACGAUAGAUGCACAGUGCUGCACUCAACCAAAUAGUAGCCUACUUGGCAAGACUAACAGAAAAACAAGUGUAACACUGAUUUGAGUAUCAGGUAAGAGAAUAUAUGUUCUUUACUAUGAUUCAGGUCAUUAUUUUCUAGUCAACUCAGGAAUGGCGGUGAGUACCUUACCAGGUACUUCAGAACAUCUUCAACACAGCAAAGUGGAAGUACUACUGUGUGCAGCAAAUGACACUGCUGUUAAAUGUCAUGGAAUUGUAGAACAAAUCUUAAGACAUCAGCCUUAGUGAAAAGUAUACAUAGCAUUUUUUUUAUUUCAGAGGUGAGUGAACUGAUGUUGGAGGCUGAUUUUUUCAAUGUGGCACCUGUGUGGCAGUGGGAUUACUGCACCAAAUAUUUAGUGGGGGGAAAGGUUGCAGCUGCUCUGGGUCACCCCCCAAGUCCAUUACCACUUUAGCAGCAACAAGACUUUUGUCUUAUCACAAGAACUCCACCAUACAAUGAUGAAAUUUGAGUAUGCUAGACACGAGUGUCUACAGUUAUGUACAGUGAAUGCAGCUCUGAGCAAGAGACUCCUUUCAUUACAGAAGGACUUGAGCAAUACUCAUGACCGCAUCAUGCUCUCACAAAAAGAGCAGCAACAGUGUCUGCAACAACAGCAAUAUCUACAACAAUAACCACUACACCAGCAGUCUAUCCAGCAUACACUAUGAAACAUCUCUGCCUACACGGUUUUCUGGUGCAAAGCAAGAGAUCCAGGUUAGUCCAGUUCCUGGUAUUUUAAGUGUACAUGUCAUCCCAAGCAUGUGAUAAGUGUCACUACCAAGCAUCAUUAAGGAAUGGUCAGGCAUUGUGUGAAUGGUGGGAUAGUGCACCAUAUCAUUAUGACAAUCAGUGCUGAACAGAUUACAUGUGGUAAAACACAUCACAGAUGAUGCUGAGAAUGUGAGACCAGUGGACGGUGCUUGGGCAUUGCCCAUACAUUUAGUUUUGAAUAAGAAUGGAUCUCAUAGAAUGUGUAUUUGUUCUGUUUUCAAUACACUUGAUCUUCGUGGUGUUGACAUCAAUACAGAAAAGUGCAAACUACACCAGGAGGUACUCAUGUUUCUAGGGCAAGUGGUUAGUGCCUUAGGGGCCUAACCCACCACAGCACAUACAACACAGCUUCAAGCUCUACCUGGACUGCAAACUUAUGAAUUAUUGAAGUGAUUUUUGGGAAUCUUUAACUUCUACGGUCAACACCUACUGCAAGCCACAGCUAUACAAGCUCCCCUAGUGGAUGUACUGGCAGGAAGAAACAAACAUAGUAAUAAAACACUGACAUGGACUUCAGAAAUGCUCAGUGCCUUUGAUAGCAUUGCCCUGUCCCUCCAACAAACUGUGACUCUAGUACAGCCUAUAAGUGGUGCUCCCUUAUCUGUCACCAAUGACGUGAGUGACGUGGCUUACAGUGCUCCACUCCAACAACUAGUCAUUGGGAUCCAAUAACCAUUAUGGUUCUUUUCUCAGAAACUGAUGCUGUUGCAGCUCAAGUUGUCUGCAUCUGACAAAGUGCUGAAAGCAGUGUAUGAGGCAGUACAUCAUUUCAAAACAGAACACUAACAGAGGCCAUAUAGUAUGCCAGGAAGGACUGUCUGUCAUAACAUUUUCAUCAAGUUGACUAUGUAAGUCAGUUUACAACUGAUGUGCAAUAUAUUUGAGAGGCAGACAGUAGGGUAAAGGCUUCCUCUUGAGAAUCAAUGCUCUUUCAUUGCACAUUGAUUAUGAUGAACUUGCUCAGGUGCAGGAGAUGGAUUUACAAAUCAAAGAACUUUUGCAGAACACCUCAACUAGCCUUCAGUUUGAGCACCACCACUUUCCCAGACUGUACAGUCACUUCUGGUGUGAUGUACUGUGAGGAAAAGUUAGACUAUUGGUCCCUUCUCAAAGGAGAAGACCUUUGUUUGAUGAUCUCCACUUUUAUCACACGCAGGGAUCUGCUGUAUCUCCACAAUUUAUCACACAGAGGGUCCUGGUCUAUGACCAAACUUAUAAUGGACCACUUCAUUUGGCAGAAUGUAAAGUGUGACUGUAAGAAGUGAAUUUGCACCUGCAUUUUGUCCCAGUGCUGCAAAACAGGCAUGCAUGCUAGCCCAAAACAUGAGCUGUAUGACAUUCCAGCAUGUAGGUUACAGCACGUACACUUGGAAUACCAGACAUCAUGGUCAAGAUCAUGGCUAAGGCUUUUGUGUAUGUAUAGAUCUCAUGGUUUGGUUGCCCUGUCACAAUAACUGUGGACCAUGGCACACGAUUUCAGGUGGCACUGUUCAACGAAUUGUGCAGUCUCAGUGCAGUUGAUACUUUCACACCACUAGCAGACAUCGUAUAUGGUGAAAAAUUGAACCUCCCAACAAAUUUCAUUGACAGUGUGGUAGUACCUGAUACAACUGAACUACUGGCAAUGGUCCAACAAAUCAGACAGCACAUCUCCAGUAUCAUCAUGCCUCCCCCUCAGUGUCGUGGAAUUCCCAAGGUUUUAUAGACUUGGCAGCAUAUAAGCAUGUGAGGUUAUGCAAUGACACUGUAAGGGUGUCACUUCAGCUACCUUACUCUGGUCCUUACAACGUAUUACAGAGGUGUGAACACAAAUUUUAUAUCCCUCUCCAUGAUAAGUGCACUACAAUUUCAAUACAUAUAAUCAAAUCCUCAUGGAUAUUGAGCUCAGAGCCCCACCAACAGUACUAUGACCCUGUUCACAGUCAGUCCACUACAGAACCUGCACUGCAGCCUGACAUGACAUUUGGUGAUGUCUGAGGAAGUGCACCCCCACCUCAUCACCAUCCCCACCAGACUCUCCACCUACACACCUGCUGUUCCAAUACUGCCACCCACUCCAUCCACCUCCACACCUCUAGGAUUUCAUCAUAGACUAGUAAGUGUUAUCAUAAAUAUUGGAUACUGAGUAACUGAAAUUUUUAAAAUUCACUGCUCUCAAUUAUAAUGUUUAAGAUUUUAUUAAUCAAAUCAUAUAGUAUAAAUUUUAUGCAAAAAAACUAAGUAUCUGUGGCAAAUCUAAAAAAUUACUGGUUUUUUAUUCCCAAACGUGAUGUAGUCUGUUCUGCAGUUUGUAUUAAGUUUCAAACAGAACUUAACUGUGAUUAUUAUAGCUGAGAAUUUGGAUAUGUAACAAGCUCAGUUGAUUUUCACGCAUACUGUCAAAAAUGGGUUUAGUACUUCAAACCAUCAAAAUGCAGAACUUUUGCUAUUUAAAUUUUUUGUUGAAAAUUUCACCUGUUCAGUGAUUAUGAUGUAUAGAAUAAAUGUGCCCUUGUUCUCAUCCUUCUGCAAAAGGUAAACAUAAUAAAUGUUCCAUAUGAAUUGUAAAUUUCCAGUUUCUACUGUUCAUAAUAUAGUGUAUGAUAUAGUUGAAAAUUUAACCUGUUCAGUGUUGAUGUUAUACAGUGCAAAUGUUGUCAUAAUUCUCAUCCUUUCACAAAAGAUAAACAUACCAAAUGUCCCAUACAUAUUGUAGAUUUCCAAUUUCUACUGUUUAUAAUACAGUGUAGUAUAUAGUGACAGUGUAGUAUAUAGUGACAGUGUAGUAUAUAGUGACAGUGUAGUAUAUAGUAGUAUAUUUCAGCAUAUCUUGAUGGGUAGCUCAUUCUAGAAUGUGAAGAUUUUUAUUCAACAUGAUUGGAUCCUUAGUACUUAGUAAUCGCUGCACAUUCCCCAGUUCUCCACACUAUGGAAGAGAUGGGAGAGAGAGUGGAUGGGGGGAGGGAGGUGCUCUGUAUGGAACACCCCCUUCCCCCCCCCCCCCCCCUCCCCCAUCAAUAUGCAAUGGAACAAGGAAAUGGUAUCAAUAUAGCUGAUGGAGGAUGUGAGAGCAAAAAGUAUUGAUGUGUAUGAUAUCUUUAGUGUUCAAUCAUUCUGGCUUUGUAUGCUUUUGUGAGUAGAUGCUUAUGUGUAUCUUGGUUCACUUUAAGAAGAAUAAAAAUGGUAUUCACAG